GAACUUUAGCAGAGAAUACUUCGAAUCGAUCGAAUCGGUGCUGUCCGAGAAGCAGAAAUGACAUCGACCUUACUGUCAACCCUUUCCAACAUCUACACGGGGAUGUUUAACUUCGUCAAGUCUCGAUUUCCCUUCCUGAUUGAGGCUGCCAUGGUGACUCUCUGCUUCGCCUCCAUAGUAGGCAGAUACUGCAUACUGAUAUAGAAACUGAACAACGAAGCAUCGCAUACCACCAGGAAUCAUACUCGCACAUACACUAUAUGUACAUACAUGUGUAAAUGUAAAUCGAACGAACUUUAUAUUUAGAUGUGUGUUUGUGGAAUUAUGUGAAUACAAACUAAAUGCUUAAACCUAAA